AUGAACGUUCCACAGGACCAACAACAACCUUCGGGGAUGAAUUCAUGGCACGCCAUGUACUCGGUGACUGAUAGACAAAAGGUUGUUCAGAUUCUCACAGGGACCCUUAAGGAUAUCCAGAACACGAACUUUGACCCUCAGAAGGCUGCCAAUAUGGCGCAAGAGUUUGAGAAGUUUACGUUCACCAAGUCCCACAGUAAGGAUGAAUAUCUUCGACUUAUUAAGCAAAAGAUCACGCAACUUAGAAACAGUGUUCGGAAUGGCGGACCAAACAAUGGUAUGCCCCAGCAACAGCAACAGCAACAACAGCCAAACAUGAGUGCCCAGAACAUCAAUUUCUUGCAGCAACAAGCGCAGGCAAGACAACAAUCUGCUGCUCAAAUCCAAGCACAGCUUCGGAAUAAGAAUGGAAUCCCACAACAACAACAACAGCAACAACAACAGCAACAACAACAACCUCCGCAACAACAAUUCCAACAGAUGAACCAACAGAUUCCACAACAACAGCCUAUUCAUCAACAGCAACAACCACAGGGUCAACGGCCCAUCCAACAACAACAGCAACAACAAGCUCCACAAGGGGGACAACAGACCAUGCAACAAAGCCAACUUCAGCGGAUUGGGAACCAAAUUAAGAACGUUCCAAUUCCACAGGCGUUGCUUGUUAGGAUACCCAACCUUCCACCAAAUGUCAAUACAUGGACACAAAUUUUUGAAUGUUUUCAAAAGAAAUUACUUCCUCCAACUGUUAUGCCGCUCAUAAAGGAUUUGCAUACGACCCACAUGCAGUUGGUUGCACGCCAACAGCAACAGCAACAGCAGAAGAUGAACCAACUUCAGCAGCAACAACUGACUGGACAGCAACAACAACAGCAGCCACUAGCAAACCAAAACGGGGGAGGUCCAAUUUCCAUGAACAACCAGAACUUUAAUCUUAACAACAUGACUCCACAACAAAAGCAGCAGUUUCUUCAAAGACAAAUGCAGCAACGGGGUAUGACUGGUAAUCCACAACAGCAACAGCAACAGCAACAGCAGCAACAACAACAACACAUGAUGCAACAAAGGCAACAAUCUAUUCCACAACAGCAAAUGCAACAGCCUGCUCACAUGCAGCAGCAACAACAACAACAACAGCAGCAACAACAGUCUAUCAGACAGCAGAGUGUUGGGAUGCAGGGAGUUGGUGUGCCUCCACGAUCUGCCGGCGAAGCUCCGGACUUCCAGAUCACUCCUCAAGACAUCAUGAAGUAUAGUUCUGAUGCCAUGACCUUGUUAUCUCGACUCCAAUCUAUGGGGUCAAUUCAGGCAAAUUUAGAUGACAAGCAAAAGGAGGCAUUUAUUAGGAAGUUUAUUAAACACCAGAAAACAACUUCUUGGAGACAGGCGAAUGGUCAAGGUAUUCCUAAUCAAAUGAAUGGGAAUAACACUGGAAACAAUGUGGGUAAUAACAACAUGGCUACUGCAGCUGCUCAAGCUGCGGUUCAAAGACGAAUGCAAGGUAUGCCUCCACAAGUUCCAGGUCAAGGGCCAAUGGGACAAAAUAUGCAGCUGAAUGUUCAAGCACAAAGAGCACAAGCACAAGCACAAGCACAAGCGCAGGCACAAGCACAAGCACAAGCACAAGCACAGGCCCAAGCACAGGCCCAAGCACAAGCACAAGCACAAGCACAGGCCCAAGCACAAGCACAAGCACAGGCCCAAGCUCAAGCACAGGCACAAGCACAAGCACAGGCCCAAGCACAAGCCCAGGCACAAGCACAAGCCCAAGCACAACAACAACAUCAAGCACAAAUGCAAGCGCAACUUCAAGCUCAGCUUCAAGCUCAACAAUCGCAUCCACAAUCACUGCCAUUAAUGAACAUGCAAGUGCAACCUACACUCCCACAAGCUAAUCAGACACCUGUUUUGAACCAACCAUUACCUCAAUACACCAACAAUUCAUCACCUGUUAUGCCAUUUCAACAACCACAAGGACAAAUGCAGCAGCAACAGCCACCACCACCACAACAACAGCAGCCACAACAACAAAGAGUUGGCGCCGUUGGUGGGGCAGGAAAUAUUGCUCCAGGUAAGAAUUUUGGUGGAGAUGGCAAUGGAGGACUGAAUGGUCUCCCACCACUCACUGAUGAAAUGAAGAUUAAAUUGAGACAGUUGGUGGAUGAAGUUAGCCAAAGUCAAUUCCAAUUGAGAGAGGUUGAAAAUCUUAGUGAACAAGACAAGACAAUUGUUAGAGAAACCAUGGUACGGAUAUCUCAACAAUAUUCAAACGUUGAUAAUAUUAUUACUUAUUUCUAUGCCACUACACGUAAUAUCGAAGGAACGAAGAGAUUGAUUCAAAUGAAGUACAUGACAAAAAAUAUUAUGGAAAAUUUGCAAAGAGGAGUUUAUCUUGCAGCCCCAGAUUUACUUGAGAAACUUAGAGCUCACUACCAUAAAUAUUUUGAUUAUGUGAAUGAACAAAUCAAUCAACGAAGAAGACAGUUGCAACAACAACAACCACAACAGAUUCCACAAAUGCAGGCAUCACCACAGAAUCCCCCACUUGCUCCCACACAAGCUCAACCCCUGCAACAGUUUGCUUCACUUCAACAACGACAAUUACAACAACAGCAUCAACAACAACAACUUCAACAACAGAGGCAAUUAUCUGCUCAGCAGCAGCAGAUGAACCUUGGAUCUAAUAAGGCUUGGCCAAAUGCUAUUCCACCUCAACUGGCGGGUUCAAUGCCAAUGAUGCCUACUGGAACUUCACCAUUGGUAAGCAAUGCCAACCUUGUGAUGCAACAACAUCAACAACAACCACAACAAUCUAAGUUAUCACCUCAAAGACAAAAUUCCAGAGGAAGCAUUGGUGGUAAUAAAAAGAUUAAUGGAGUAGGGCAAGUUGGUGUAGCAAAUAAUAGACGGAAAUCUGGAAAUAAGAACUUGGUCCCUCCAGGUGGUAUCCCAACCCCUGUUGGUGGGAAUGCACCUACGCCAGCUACAUUGGCCAAUGCAAUCAAGACACCCAAUAGUAUUUCAACCCCACAUCUUCCACAAUCUCAAAGUAAUAAGAAUACUCCUACCGAGUCACCUAAUUACCACACCAAAAACCCUUCGUUGUCUUCUGCCACCAUUGCUAAGAAGCAACAAGAUUCUAUACUCGGGGAUAUAUUUGAAAACAUUAAUGAUCCAAAGGUUGUAGCUAGAAGGGAACUUGCAAGCACUGAUGGUGAGAAGUUUUUCUUUGCAGCAUUAUCAAAUUUAUUGGAACUUGAUGAUAACUCAAAGGAUGGAACUACUAUUGGUAAGAAUAGCCUUCCAACUCCAUCAUACCUGUAUGGCAAUAAAAAUGGACCAUCUCCCCAAUCUAUGGCUGGCCUGCCAGGAUGGACCUGUGAGAUCAGACCAGAAGCCAUUACUCUGGCAUUCCAUCAAUUAGACGGGGUUAGAGAUAUUUCUACUGAUAUCAUCAAGGUUUGUGCCAAUAUUUCCAAGAAUGAAAAGAUUGAAGGAGAUUUAUCACUCAAACAUGCAAGAGAUGAAAAUGAUGCGAAUGACUUUGAAGAUCUUUUCGUGGAAAAGAAACCAAAACUUGAAGAUAAUUCUAAUCGGUUUCUACAUGAACCAGUUGAGUAUGAAGAAUGGAGAGAUUUCUUUGUCACAAGUAUUGAACAAGAGAUUUAA